GCUCUUCGAUUGCGAGUGCAAAAAUUCUACCCGACUCUCAGCUAUAAAUACUCCGUAUGUGCUGCAAUUUUCAUACAAUAAACUCAAACGAAUUCAAAGCGUAGUACUUCAAAGUAAAUCAAAAACAUCAAGAAAAUGGUUUGCAAAGGUUGUGGCAAUAACUGCAAAUGCACUGACAGCAAGUGCGGCGACAACUGUUCCUGCUGUGAGGACUGCAAGUGCGUCUGCAAAACUGGCAGCAAGGAUCAAUGUUGCAGCACCAAGACCAAGGCCAAGUAAACAACAACUACAACAACAAAUUUGAAAAUGUGUAAUUAAAUAAAUAAUAAUCAUAAAUGAUUGCUGUGUAUUAAAGUUCUAUGAGAAACUGAAGCUA